AGGGUUGUGCUUGACCUGAAGUACUCGGGAUCGACGUCCGACUCUUUGUCGACCUACGGAAGACUCGGAUCCCUAUUCUUCAUCUUCGGCUGUUCAAGUGGAGCCUCAUCUACAAUUACACGGAUAAUUUCUCGGGUCAAAGAAGGUAGGCAUGUCAUGUCUGAAUUCAAUCGUUAGGAAGGCGAUCGAGGUGGACGUAUAAAUAGGGAUUCGGUCCUCUUCUGGCAGCAAGUCAAGCACGCCUGGCCCAAGGAUAAAGACACCAUCAUGGACUCUCUGGCAACUACCGCAACCGCUCUGCUCGCUCUCGCUGUGCCAUAUGCCUCCGCUAUCAAUCUUAAGGUAUCCUCAUCUGAUGGCAAUGCUUCGAGUCCUCUGCUCUAUGGCUUGAUGAUUGAGGACAUCAGCAACAGUAUCGACGGUGGUCUUUAUGGCCAGAUUCUACAAAACAAUGGUUUCCAAGGAGACAAUCCAGGCCUUACUGCAUGGACAGCCAUUGGUUCAUCCACCAUUUCACAAGAUAACUCUUCAGCUCUUUCUGACGCCUUGCCUUCGUCACUUCUGAUCAAGUCUAACGGAACGAGUGGUACUGUUGGUGCAUCGAACUCAGGAUACGGUGGCAUCAGAGUCUUACCUGAUCACUACGCCAAUUACUUUUAUGUCAAGGGAAGUUACAAUGGAAAUGUCACUCUCUCCCUCGUCGGUUCAGACGGUGGUAUACUUGCCUCGACGCACGUGUCAGUCAACAGCAACUCGUCGGCCUUCGGGUACUACAAGACCUACGACAUGUAUGCUGGAACGGCUGCUGCUGAUGGAAACAAUACCUGGCAAUUCACUUUUGAUGCUUCGCUCGCUACCGAUGGCCAGCUGAACCUCGGUCUGCCUCAGCUAUUCCCAACGACAUACAAGGGCCGCUUCAAUGGUAUGAACAACGAGAUUGCAACCGUCAUUGAUGAGAUUGGUGGCAGAUUUUUGAGACUGCCCGGCGGCAACAACUUGGAAGGAGCCUCGAUUGCGGAUCGAUGGAUCUGGAACAACACCAUUGGCCCUUUGAUUGACCGUCCUGGAAGACAAGGUGACUGGACUUACCCUAACACGGAUGGCAUGGGUCUUAUCGAGUACCUUUACUGGUGUCAGGACAUGAGUCUCGAACCUGUUCUUGCAGUCUGGGAUGGCCUGGUCUUGGCCGAUUCUGGAGCCAUUUCUGGCGAUGAAUUGAAGCCAUACGUGCAGGACUCGCUGAACGAGCUUGAGUAUUUGACGGGCGAUACAAGUACUGAGGUCUUGACAACUAUCAAUCGCGCUUCGACAUGUAUUGCUGUCCAUGCUGCAUACCCCAACAUCACCAUCAUUUCAUCCGUGGCUCCAGGAUCAACUGGCGGCAAUGGUAGUGGCAUUAACGUUCCAGAAGGCGCGUACCAGGAUUUGCAUCAGUACUUGCCUCCCAAGGACUUCAUCGCCAAGUUCAACACCUUUGACAACUGGGACCGCUCGCAGCCCUUGUUGGUGGGUGAGUACGCAUCGACCACCUUCGACAACGGCAGUGCGACCAUCUGGACCAACAUGAUGGGUUCUGUCUCUGAAGCUGUCUACAUGAUCGGUAUGGAGCGCAACUCUGACGUCGUCAAGAUGGCUUGCUAUGCGCCUCUUCUCGAGCAUUUCGACCGCGCAGAGUGGUCGCCAGACCUCAUUGGCUUCGAUGCAACUACUGGGGUCACUCGCUCAACGAGCUACUUCGUGCAGCAGAUGUUUGCAUCCAACAAGGGUGACACCAUCUUGUCUGUAGAAUCUGAUACCGGCUUUGGUCCUGUGUACUGGGUUGCUAGCAGCGCAGGCAGCACGAACUUUGUCAAGCUGGCCAAUUACGGUGGUGAUGAGCAGAACGUUACAUUGACCCUGGACGGGAAGACAUCUGGCUCAUUGGCAGUCCUAAGCGGAGGGCAGUACGAGUCAAACUAUCCCGGCCAGGAGAACGUGAAGCCUGUAGUGACAGAGGUGACUGGUUCGAAUGGAACAUUCUCAAUCAGCCUGCCUGGCUGGUCCGUGGCAGUGUUGUCAGCCGAGUAGAAGCUAGAUGUAUCGAAGUUCAUAGAAGUAGUACUCAGAUAGGAACCCGAUGUACCCC